UUGCGUCAGCAGCCAAAGCACAAUCGACUGUUGGCUUAGACGGAAGAUGGCAGCUGCAAUUCGUUCGUUGGCCAUAAUUCUAACGCUAUAUGCGGCCUUAGCACAAGGCAAACCGGGCUAUGGACCAGGUGAACAGGAUUGGGGCUACAUAGAUGUGCGUCCAGGCGCUCACAUGUUCUACUGGCUGUACUACACCACAGCGAAUGUAACCAACUAUGUCGAACGUCCUCUUGCCAUUUGGCUGCAAGGUGGACCUGGAGCCUCCUCCAUCCGCUAUGGAAACUUUGAUGAGUUUGGUCCCGUUGAUUUGUACGGCAACUACCGCAACUGGACUUGGGUCAAGGACAUGAACGUGCUGUUCAUUGACAAUCCCGUGGGCGCUGGCUACAGCUAUGUGGAUAACAAUGCUUAUUUGACGGCUACCAAUCAGGAAAUCGCCUCCGAUCUGGUGGAACUAAUGAAGGGCUUCUAUGCUAAGCAUCCGGAAUUCGAAACAGUUCCGUUGCACAUCUUUAGCGAAAGUUAUGGUGGCAAAAUGGCUCCCGAAUUUGCUCUGGAACUCUACUAUGCCAUACAACGCAAGGAGAUCAAGAGCAAUUUGACCUCGGUGUCUUUGGGUGAUCCCUGGACGUCGCCCAUUGAUUCGGUGUUGUCGUGGGCACCAUUCCUGCUGCAGUUGGGCAUAAUCGAUCACGAUGGCCAUGAUCAGAUAAUGAAGGCAGCCAAUUUCACAGCCGAAUUGGUGGAAAACGAACGCUGGGCUCAGGCUACAACUCAGUGGGGCAACACCCAAUGGGAGGUGCUGAAGGCCAGCAAAGGUGUGGACUUCUACAAUGUGCUGAAAUUGACCAGGGGAGACGCUUACCAGAGGCGCUCGCUUUAUCCAGCUGCGGAUCGCAUGUAUCGCACCUUGGUGAAGUUGGACUUUGAUGAGGAUCUUGAUCAGAUUGCCGAGGAUCUAUUGCGUGGUCCAGUGGCCGAAACCUUGGGUAUUCCCGAUCACGUCAAGUGGGAUUCGCAGAGCGGAGCUGUCUUUGAUAUUCAUCGCACUGACUUCAUGAAGCCCGUGAUCCACAUUGUUAACGAGCUGCUGGACAAGACACCGUUGCAAGUGGCCGUCUUCUCGGGUGGCUUGGAUCUGAUCUGUUCCACUCCCGGCACCGUCAACUGGAUAGACAAGCUCAACUGGACCAGAAGAAACGAGUACUUGGCUGCACCGCGUACAGGAAUCAAUGUGGAUCGUGUGCUGGAAGGUUAUGAGAAGACCGGAGGCAACUUUACCAUGUUCUGGAUCAAUAGAUCCGGUCACAUGGCUCCAGCUGAUAAUCCAGCUGGUAUGAGCCAUGUUUUGCGCAGUCUAACCAACUUUGGUUAAAGCGCCAAGUAAUAAAGCCAAUAAAAUCUGAACAAUUACAUCGAA